AGGUAAGAUGUCAUCAAUUCGCUUCUUGUGUGCAUACUUCCCGCACCAUCGUUGCGCGAGGUCGUUAUGCAUUGCCAAGUCCACGUCAGUUUCUUUCAGUUUGACGGAUUUUCAAGACGCUCCUCAACACCUAUCUCUAGUCUUUCACCUGGACUUCCUUAAACCAGUGCGGUUUGUAGUGAAAAACGCCCAUGAAAAGAUGCGGUUUCCCUACAUGAAAAUCGCGAUUUACGCUCUAACGUUUUUAACGUACGCAUAUUCCGGGUACGGGUCAAAUGUUAUCGCGAGCCUACGGGACGCAAUCAUAGCUGCAGAGGCGAUUUUCGGAGACGUCUUCCAAAAUGUCAUCACCAUUGCUAAGAAAUUUAAGGUUGUACAUGAGGUCUUCGAUGCAGCCGUGGAGGAGAAUUGCAUAUUCCAGUGUCCUGGGGGCACGCGUCCGGUGCAAAACAAACUUUAUACUCCAUCGGCCGACGGAUGUGGCUCAUUAGGCCUCAAUAUCAACACCGAAUAUCUUCCCUCAGCGGAAAUGGAAGUUUGUUGCAAUAACCACGACAUCUGCUACGACACUUGCAAUUCCGACAAAGAACUCUGCGAUUUAGAUUUCAAGCGAUGUCUCUACAAAAUUUGUGAUAACUACGAAAAAACUGUAGUGGGAGACAUUGCUGUGAAAGGAUGUAAAGGAGCAGCCAAAAUGCUGUUCACAGGCACCUUAACACUAGGAUGUAAAUCGUACCUGGAUUCUCAGAAACGAUCCUGUUAUUGUCCGCCUGGUAAUUCAUAUGAUAAAAAGGAUGAACCAAGAGGGAAGAAUUAUAAGUAUCAGAAGGAGAAUAAGUACCAGAAGGAAAAUAAGAAGCCUCCAAAGUAUGGAUGGAAGGAUCCAAACGAUAUUUAGGUUAGUUUUUCCUAGAGGUUGAAAACGAGAGUGAUUUGUAUUUAUUACAUAGUGGAUAGUAUAAACAAUUGUGCUGACGGGUUUACAGGAUGUAUAACAAUUGAAAGCGUUUUAUUGAAAAUAGACCUUACAAUGGACAUUUUUUGAUCACACUUACAUAGGUUUGGAAAUGUAUAUGUAAAUUUUCUUUCUAGUGAGGAUUUGAUAAAUGAAUAGUAUUUUUUCACUAAAUAUUAUUCAAAUUUAAUGUUUUAAUUCUAUUAAGCAAUGCAAUGAAAUAGCCCUACAUUCACA